CUCGUAUAUGCACUUUCCUGGAAACAAAAGCACAAGCUUUAAUUUAAUCACCUGAAGAAAUCAAACAGUUUUCCUGAUUUAUCCCUUAUCAAAAAAACCUUCCAACAAUUUCAAUACCAAACUCAUAAGCUGUAAUUUUAAUCAUGGAACUCCCAGAUAUUGUCGAAUUUGCUCGGAAAUUUUCUGUUGUGGUUAGAAUCAAUGGCCCUGAUCCAAAAGGUCUAAAGAUGAGAAAUCAUGCAUUUCAUCAAUACCAUUCUGGGAAAACAACCCUUUCAGCUUCUGGGUUAUUUUUGCCUCAUAAUCUUGUUGGCAGUGAAAUUCAUGAUAAGGGUGUUGUAAUUGUUACUGUUGCAUCAAUUGUUGAGCCUUUUCUGUCACAAAAUUCCAAAAUCAUCAAUACCCAGGGUACUCCUGAGUUGAUUCCCGGUGCUCGGAUCGAUGUAAUGGUUGAGGUGAAUGUAGGAAUGGAGAAUAAGGAUGAAAAUCCAAAGUGGUUUGGUGCUGAAGUUGUAAAACUGGUGGAUGUCCCUGCUGCUUCAUCCGCUAUUAAAUCAUUAAUUGAAGCUUCUUCUGGAUCAUUGGAGCAUGGUUGGGAGAUUGGCUGGUCGUUGGCAGCUCAUAAGGACAGCUCUCAAAAGUUUAAAGGUUCUAUGCAAAUUCAGGAAAAGAAUGGCGUUACAUCUUCAACUGAGAGACUGAGAAAUGUGAAUAUGAUGGCUCAGGUUGCUUCUAGAAUUGUUUUUCUUCAAGUACCCUCAUUACUUGAUAAGGAACUGCCAGAGAUCACCAUGUCAUAUUCAAAUAAGAGAGGAGAUUUUCUAGUCUCAAUGGGAUCUCCCUUUGGAAUACUCUCUCCAUUGCAUUUCUUUAAUAGCAUAUCAGUGGGUUCAAUUUCCAACUGCUACCCAUCUACGUCAAAGGAUAGGUCAUUGUUGAUGGCUGAUAUUCGGUGUCUUCCUGGUAUGGAAGGGGGUCCAGUCUUCGGUCAGAAUGGAUGCCUGGUUGGUAUACUGAAUAGACCUUUACGACAAGCUGGGGGUGCUGAAAUUCAGGUUAUAAUUCCGUGGAAAUCAAUAGAAAGUGCUUGCAAUGGCCUAUUUCAGUUGGUGCCUGAAAAGUCAGAGAGAACUCAACUUGCUGGCGACUUCUGUGGCGUAAGGACAGCUACAAUGAAUUGCCUAAAUUGUAGAGCUUCAUCUAAUUUAAUUGAGAAGCAGCCUGUGAACCAUUGCUCUGUACCAUUGACAGUGGAGCAUGCAAUGUUUUCUGUUUGUCUUAUUACCUUGAACAAUGGAGUGUGGGCAUCUGGCAUUCUUCUUAACGAGCAAGGCUUGAUACUCACAAACGCUCACUUACUUGAGCCAUGGAGAUUUGGCAGAACUCCUAUACAGAGCGGCUUUGAUGAGACAAGAAUCAAAAAUAAUUUUUUUAUGCUAGAUGACUCCAUGCCCCUAAGGCAGGCAGUGGAGCAGACAAGUGGAGUUGUCCAGUCAAGUUCUGUCCAACCUCUCAAUUAUCUGCGUAAUAGCCAUGGAAUUUAUCCAAAUCACCAAGUUCAUAGUGAAAUAAGUGUCCGCGUAGAUCUAAUGGAAUCAUGGCUUUGGUGUAAAGCUAAAGUGGUAUAUAUUUCUAAAGGGCCCUUAGACAUCUCCUUGCUUCAGCUUGAAUCUGUUCCAAAGCCGCUUAGCCCUAUCUGUGCGGAUCUUACUUGCCCUUCUCCAGGAUCAAAGGCUUUUGUUAUUGGACAUGGAUUGCUAGGGCCUCGAUGUGACCUGUUGCCAACUAUCACAACUGGUGUGGUUGCUAAAGUUGUGAAGGCAAAAAAGCAUGUACCCGACCAGUCCGCUUUGCAGAAAAGUCCUGCAGGAGAGAUCCCGGUGAUGCUGGAGACCACAGCUGCUGUGCAUCCUGGUGGUAGUGGCGGUGCUGUAGUUGAUUCAUCUGGUCGCUUGAUUGCCCUGGUGACAAGUAAUGCCAAGCAUGGAGGAGGAACAGUUAUACCACACAUGAAUUUUAGCAUACCAUCUGCAGCUCUGGAACCAGUUUUUAUAUUCGCUAAAGACAUGCAGAAGCUCUCAGUCCUUCAGCAACUGGAUAGACCGAACAAGAAUCUUACUUCAGUGUGGGCAAUGAUGCCAUCCAUUUCACCUGAUCCAGAUCCCUCCUUGCAUAGUGCGGAUGACUUACUCAGGAAAGACGAGGGAAAACAAAGCAAGGGCUCUCAAUUUGCAAAAUUUAUUAAUGAGAAAAAGAAGCUGUUGGGGAAUUCACGUCAUCUUAACACAAUGCAAAACCUUUCUUGUGAUACUUUCCCCAGCAAGUUAUGACAGCUACUAAAGGCUCUUUGGAUCCUACAAAAAUGCCGAAGCUUUCUUAGGAGGAUAUUCCAAGGCAUUGACAAGAGGCUAUUCAAUGGCUUAUUUUCCUGACAUGGGCGAACCAGAGUUAGGGAAGUGUGAGCUUUGUGAUGUGUUGACACAUUUAAUCGUAAAUGGAUGCCUAUCAACCAAGAUAAUCACAUGCUUUCUUGACUCUGGUUCGCCCAUAGUGUAAGGACAAUUUCCUGUUGAAUUAUUUUUGUUGAUGCUUUGUAAUUUGCUGUUAAAAAAAUAGAGGAAAAAAGAAAAAGAAAUGCAUACAUAUUUACCCUUGUUUUAACUGUUUUAAGCCAUGUAAGCUUACUGAUGACCUAGAGGAGGGAUGUUCUAUCUGGUCAAAAUGCCUUGUAAAUUUGUUGCUUGUAAUUGAAUUGGUUAGCUGCGGCAUUUCUGUCUAAGGUUUCAAUUGUGAUGUAAUUAUGAUUCAUGUAUAGUUUCUGCUAUGGAUCAUUUCUUACAAGUUACACAAAACAGACCGUAAUUUGAUGCUCUGCUAGGGGCUUAUUGUGUAUUGUAA